AUGGCACUCUGGAGCAAAGUUACAAAUUGCGAUUUAGAUUGUGAGACUGUUUCUUUUGGUACAAGGCAGUUUGCUCAAGCAAAUGGAGCUUUAUACGAGUGUUCAACACUGGCUGUUAUUACUCCUGACUCUGAGGAAGCGAAAACACCACACAUUAAAUCUAUUUGUUGUGAUUCUUUCAUUUACUUGGCAAUUGAUAAUUCAUUCACUAUUUUAUCGGGCGAAUCCUGUGUACAUGAAAGAUCUGAUAUAUAUGAGGCUCCAAUUGACUGUUUCUCUGUAAAUAAAGCAAUGAAAAUGAUAAUAUUAUGUUUCCAAAAUGGACAGAUAUUUGGUUUAGAUGUUCAAGAUCAUGCAUUACUAUUCGAAGUGGUGCUUGAACAUGAAGGUACAUAUGAAGGAAAAGCUUUCAUAACUAUUGUAGAAGAACAUGAAUAUUGUGUUAUUAUAGCAAGUUCUGGAGCUGCAUACAGAUUAUCCAAAGACUUUGAUACAUCAGUAGAAUCUAAUCAUACAAAAUUUUCAUUUGAGGCAGUAAAUGAUAUUAAAUUAAAUAUUCCUUAUCCUGUCGCUGCAGUUCCUGGUGAAAAUAAUUACUCGUAUGUUUUUGGAGGUCAAAGAAUCGAAAUUGCCAAUUAUGAUGAUGUCUUUUCUGUACCCAUGUUGAAUAGUAAAAUUAAGAAAAUGGCCACUGUUGAUGGAUUUAGCAAUAUUUUUUGCCUGCUGAGUGAUGGCACAUUGAACACAUUAUGCUACUAUUCAUUAUACAUGUCACCAAGAAAAUUAGAUUAUUUUGUGGAUGAUUUUGUAAUCAUUAAAACUCCUGAUACUGAUACAUGCAAUUUAUUAAUGUCAUGUGAUAAUAACAAACGUCUUAUGCUCGCAGAAUAUCCAAGCAUGAAGGAAAUAUAUAGCAUACACGUAAAAAAUAAAAUAGAAUUAAUAGAUUUUAUUGAUGUACCAAUGGACAUCAAAUUUAUUGAGUAUGUGGGCGAUAGCAUCAAUUGCCCAGAAAUUCGUAUCAGGGCUUUAGUUGAAACACAUCCUGAACUUCGUGUUCAAAGGCUUAUUACUCGAGGUAGAUUUGAUGAAGCUGAAACACUUGUAAAACAAUUCAAAUUGAGCAUGGAUGAAAUUAACAAAGCUAAAGCAACUCUGGAAUUAAAGAAAUAUUGGGAAUCUGUUAGUAAUAUAUCAGAUGAAACUUUUGAUAAGUUGAUAAGUCUUCUGGAUUCUAUCAAAGAUAAUUCUUGUAUUGCCGAUUGGUGUUUACAAGCUCUGCACAAUGAAGUUUGUGAUACAAAAUCUAUGAAGAAGUUACUGCAUUAUGUUAUAAAUCGUAUCAAAGAUCAUUUCGAACUGGAGAACUAUUCAAAACGUUUUCAAGAUACAUUGUUGAGGUUGGAAACAUAUAAUCUAUUAUCUUUGCGCAUGAAUAUACCAUGGGCUCAAUUCCGACACAAGAAUUAUACGCAGUUGUAUCUAAGUCUGUUGGACAGUGAGGAUUGUAUGUCUGCGGCUGCUAUAUUUGCCAGACAUUUUGACUCAAUUUGUGAAGAUAUGACUUCUAAUACUGUGCAAAUUUUUCUGCAAAAAAUUCCUAAUAUUGAUCCAACACAUAUGUUACCCUGCUUGCGGCAUUUUAUACCAAAAUUUGUGCAAAGAAUACCAUCUGCUUUGCAACAAAUUGUGGACUGGGUUAAAAGAAAAACUUUGUCAUUUGAGGGGUGCUAUAAGUCUUUGUGGCCUGAUAUUGGAAGAGACUUUUGUGAAGCUAUUCUGGAAAUACUACACAUGGUUGACCAGGAUUCAAAUCAUCCUACAGUAGCGGACUCUAUACUGGAUGAUUUAUUAACCUUAAACAAGUCUUUGGAGGAACUCAUUAUUCUUAAAGAGCAAUUUAGCAUAAAUUGUUCUUCAGGAAGAUAUAUGAAGAAUGACUUUACAGAUGUUGCAUUAAUUUUAAUGAAACAAGUACCAACAAAUCACAUUGAGACAUUCUUGAAAGACUUUUUGAUUCCUCGACUUUGUAUAAGGAACAUUGACUUGAAUGAUUUAUUAAACAAGCAUAUAUCGGAUUGCUUAAAAAAGCGAGAUAAAGAUCAGCAGUGGGAAUCAAAAAUGUGUAGUUUUGCCCUGCACAUAACAGAUGAACUUGUUGCAAUGCAAUGUAUUCUGAAAAUAUUAAAGAGUGCUAAGUUGCCCUGGAGUGCAAUCAUUAUGGAUUUAUAUGAACGUGGAGCAUCUUCCCAGCAUCUAUUAUCUAGUGAAAUUAGAGGUGCUCAUCAAUUAACUGCCUUAAGAUUUAUUGAAAAUAAAUAUUGUUUUGAAGAAUGUGCUGACGAAGAUGAUUUAUUGUUGCUGGUGGAGAGAAUUCUUUAUGUUAAUGAAUUAGAAGCUAUGAAGGAUAUUCACAAGGUUAUUGGUGCUCAACCUGAGAUGGAAAGUUGUAUAUACAGAACUGCCUUAUGCCAUUACAUACAUCAAGGAAAUUUUGAAAAAUGCAUCAAUAUAAUAUAUAAUUUGGCAGAUAUUGAUAGCAGAACUGGACUAUGCCUAUAUGUGAUUCAAAUGUGUGAGAUUAUCUUGCAAACUAAGAAACCAUUGAAUAAACCAGAACUAUCAUUCUUUGAAUUUUUGAAUUUCGUUAAGCAGGAAAGCUUAUGCGUCAAUGAGAAAAACUUAAAUAAAAUUGAAGUAUUUGAAAAAAUUGUCAAACUUAAGACAAAAUAUGAUAUACAUUUUAAUUAUGGUGAUUAUUAUCAUUAUCGAAGUGGGUUUGAAGAAGUUUUAAAUGAAUUGAUUCCGAAAAUCAUAAACAAUUAUCAAGGUUUUGAUGAGAUAUUUGCAAGUCUUCAGGAAAUUGCUUAUCUCUGUGAUAUCAAACUAGAAGUCGUUUUGAUUGAACUAUGUAAACAAACAUUGAAUUUGGGAUUGAUACUGCAUUGCAUUGGAAAGCUACUAGUUACACAAACUAUUUAUAACUCAACUGAUAAUAAGCGUGAGAAAUUUGUAGUUUUAGCGGCUCAUCUAGUUAACAUUUAUGGCAGAGAAGAUAUAAAUAUGCAAAAUUUUCUUUUAGAAAAUAAUAUUAUGCAUGGCGAUCUUGAUUUGGUUUAUCCAUAUGCUUUGCAGUUGAUGAACCUACAUUGCUGUUGCAGUGAAUGGGAAAAUGAUUCCAGUCCAUACUUCUUAUUUUAUAAAUGGAUAUGCAUUGGUGCUGAAGAUGCCGAUGACUAUUUGAUGGAAACAAAUCAGGGGCAUGAUGUAAAGCUGCCGUCUGUUACAACUGUUUACAGAGAUGCAUCUACUUUGUCUGAUGGUAGAAAUGUUCGUAAAAUCAUAAGCUUAAUGAUUAGCAAUAUUUUUUCCACAAACUUUAUUGGCAGUGAAUUUAAUCCAGUAUUCAAGGGUUCAAGUAGCAGCUGCUUGAAUUUAUUGACAAAAUUUCCCAGUAACCGACUUUUGACUCAAUUACGAAUAAUUCAGUUAUUGAAUAUACAUAAUGAUGGCUCUAUAAGUCGAGAACACUUGCAAAGCCUGAUUCCUCCAUUAAUAGAAAAGACAUUGCUAAAAAUGACAGCUCGUAGUAAAUUUGAUAUAAGCAAUUCGUUGGCGGUUUUGAAAUUGUCAAAUAGUCCAGAUGAAGUGUGUGAAAAAUUGAUGACAAUGCUAUCAGGUCAACCACUGCGUCAGCUCAAUAUUGCUUCAUUAGCUCAAGAAUUUCAGAAAGUUAUCGGAAGUUAUUCUCAAGAAAAUUACUUUAAUUUAGUAUUUAACAAAAAAUGUUGUAACUGGGCAAUUAAAUUGAAGAAUAUGAACUUAUGUGUACCAGAUGCCACAACCUCUAGCAAAAAUUGGCAUUUACAUGUUUUAAAAAAGUUGUAUACCUUACCAGCUACAUAUAGCUUAUUACAGGAGUUUUGCAAAGAUUUUCAGAUGGAAGAAAACUUAGAUUCUGUAUUGAUACAACAGCUUGUUUAUUAUCUCUCAAAAUUAAAACUGCAAAUUAAAUCUACUCCCGACAAAAUAUUAAAACAAGGAUUAGUUGUUCAGCCUUCAGAACAGGAAAUAAAUAGAAUAUGUUCGGAUUAUACAAUUAAAUUGAACAAUACUAAGUUGAUUGGAGAAAUGGAGCAGCUUAUUCCAAUGAUUAAUCUAUAUGAUUAUGAGAUUUAUAUGGCAGUUCUGAACAUUCUAAAAACAACGGGACACCAAUCUUAUAGUAACUGGCUAGAAAUCUUAAAAUUUUUGAAAAGUUACACAAGGAAUGUUCCUUUUGGGCAAAUUGAACAUGAGGCUUGGACACAAUGUCAUAGUGACGAUAUAUCUCUAUUAGCAAAAUAUCGAAUGCCGUUUUUGUGUGUUAUGGAUGCUGCAAAAGUUUUUGAAAUAAUAAAGCAUGAAGUUGAUGUUAGCUCAUGUAAACGAUGGCUCGAUAUUGCACAUAAUCUUCCUCUUAAUGAAUCCCAACGUCAUAUCAAAGACAGGUUAUGCCAGUAUGCAAUCAAAAAUACAAUGUUAAAAAUUUAUCAGCCUUCAUUAUCGCAAGAAUGGAGUUUGUCUAUGGUAGAAAAAGAAACCAGGGAAGAAUGUUAUGAAAUUCUAAACUUAAUAAAAGAUGUGGAAAGGUAUUCUGCUGUUAUGUACUUUAUAAUGAAUUAUUCAAGACCUGGCGCAGACUUAGUAGCAGCUUCAAAAAUUUGUUACGACUAUGCAGUUAAUUGUACAGACCAAAAGAUCAAAACAUCUGUGGAAAAGAUGUUACGUAAAUAUCCAAUGUACGCUACAAAGCAUAUUUUAACAUCCAAUAAUCUCAAUGAAGAUUAUUUGUUGCAAUUACUGGAGAAGCCUCAAGAACUGAUUUUUGCUCUUUAUGAUCAUCCGAUUGUGCUGAAUUGCGCCGGAUUUACAAUGAAUGACACACCUGAUAUUAAUAAAGUUGUUCAACAGAUAGCAGAAUUGCAUAAGUCAAUAGACCUACGUACUUUAAAACACAAUUUGAUUAACCAAUGGCUACAAGCUUCAAAUUUGGCCUCUAAUUUGGAUGAUUCAAUAACUAUGCAUAGCAUGGUUCCUGAAAAAGGUGAUACUGCUUUGGACAGUGCCAAAUGGGAUGAUAACUUAACGAGAGCAUGCUAUGUUCUAAAGUCUUAUGAUAAAAAGACUGUGAUCGAACUGUUGGGUACCAAUCUUGAAACUUCUGUUGAGUCAGUUCCUGUCAUAUGCAGAUUGCGAGCUUUAAGAUGCAUGAUUAAAGUGUGCGGACUAAAAUACAUUGAAGAAACUAUGUAUUUAGAUAGGCUGCAAGUUCAGAAGCUAAUUGGCGUUCUUACAACAAGACAUUAUUUGGAAUGCAUUGGAUUAUCAUACUCUAUGGAUGAUUAUAAUAAAAUCAAUAAAGAAUCUCUGGUUCAAUAUUUACUAAAGAACUUUAAUAAUAACACUAUCGCCAUUAGUUUCUGUGUUCAAAUUUGUCAGAAUAAUAAGAUUAUUACAGAAAAAAUUUGGGAUGAUAUAUUGGAAUCAUUAAUAUCGUUUGGGAUGAUCAAGGAGUUGCAAUCUGCACUAACAUGGCUAAGAACAUACCCAAAUUUAAACACAUUGCCUGUUAUUAAAAAGGCAUGGCAGUUUAUUAUUAAAAUGCCAUUUGUAGAAGCUGAUGUUAAAAGAAAUCCCGCCCAAGAAAAAAGUUGUGCUACUGCAUUACUUAAUUUACAGUGUUGUCCUGUGGCUGAAUCAAUAGAUCUUUUAGAUUUGGCAGAAUGUUGUAUUAAAGCUGAUCGUCCUUAUAUGGCAGCAGCUUUACUACCACUGGCUAAUGACGAGGAUAAGGAGAGCUUAUUAAAGUUAAUUCGUUCCAAAUCAUCACGUGAAGAUCUAGAAACAAAUGUUACAUUCUUGGAAGAAUUGGGGAUUUUAUUUGUUCCCCAAAUAUUACACAUCUUAAAGACGUAUUAA